CACCAUCAGCCGCCUACCGUGCUGGCAACUUACAAUCAGCUUCAACUCAUACAACCCAAUUUCCCGAGGCAUAUACUCACCAUGGCCCCGGAACCCCGAACAUACGUGUCCGGUGGUCGUGUCCUCGGAAGUCCCCCACUCUCCGUCCGAGCCAGUCGCUUCCUCGAGAGUAUCUAUGUGUUUCUGGGGUUAUAUAUCGUGAGCUUUUUCUCGACGGACCCCUACGGCGCCGCGCGGGAUUCAAGCUUCAAUAUCCAUCGCUCAGCAAGGACUCCGUCUGGAAAUAAGUCGCGGUGGGGACUGGGGUUUGGAGGGGGUUCUUCGGGGGGUAGUGGAGGUCCCGGAGGUGGUGGUCCCGGUGGUCCUGGGGGAUCUGGACCUAGGAGGAUUGGCCGGGUGGAUGAUGUUCGGGGGCCGGAGUGUAAGAGUUGUGGUUAAGGGUAUUUGUAGUAUACUGUGGGAUUGUUUUGGUUUUGUUUGUGCUGUGGUGCGGGGUUUGGUGUGUAGGUGGUGCCGGGGGUGUAUGUGGACUUAUUUCUUUGAUUGGAAUGGAGUGGGCUUAUUUUGAUGACUGUUUGGUUGGUUUACGGGGUUGUAGUUUAAGAAAGGUGUAGAAGGGAUGAGAGGGGGUUUUGAUAUGAUAUAUCACGUGGUGAUGGUGGUGGUGUUUGUUUGCGGAGAGAGGAGAAGAUAAGAACCCCGCCCCCGCAGUUGGUCUUGUC